GUUGAUAUGAUAAAAAAAUUCAUAUUAAAAUUUUAUGGAUUACAAUCGAAACGACACCAUCACGCAAGAGCUAAAGGCCAAGUUCAAUCUAAAUGUUUAGUAUGUUAUGCAAACUAUCUAAUAGAAUUAAAGACCCAUAGUCGCGUCUCUUUCUCAAAGGAUAUUUUAAAUCAGAUUCAGAAAUACAUUCUUCCCGAUUCGAUAAAGACGACAUUAUGUUGGCUCUGGGAUGCUCUAAUGGAUAAGUGUGUGUUUACGAUCUUACCAGAAGUACUAUCCUAUUCAACCUUAGGUGAAAAGACCGCAUUUUACACAUAUCUCAGUUCUAAAUCAAAUAUGAAAUUGCCUUGCACUGCCCUUAGGUUGUAUAUUAAACUAUUCCUAGAUGGUUUUCAAGUGAAAAAUCCACUAAAAUGAGGCAAGUCCUAAUUUCAGCUAACACAGAUGGUAUGAUCAUCCUCUAAAUUAGGUACCAUAAUGUACAAAAAUGUGAAAACUGAUUCUACUAUCUAUUAAUUUAAAGAAGAAGAUGAUAAUGAAGUUUAUUGCAUCGAUGCUUUAAAAAACUAAUUAGCAACUUGCGGGAAGGAUUGUAAAGUAAUGAAACUCUCCAGUUAUUUUAGGUUAGAGUGUAUGAUAUUGAGGCCUAAACCUUGUAAGCCACUUUAGAAGCCAUACAAUGGGUUUAGCCAGGGCACAAUAAUAAAUUAUUCAGUGUUAAAAUUGUGCCUUACGAGAAAAACUUAGUUAUCAGCGGUGGGUGGGAUUAGAAUUUAGUUAUAUGGGUAGUUUUAUACAUGAUAUUAAAGGAUUUAAGACAAAAAUGUCAGGCUGGAUGCAUUGUGGGUCCAAAAAUUGCAGGUGACACCAUCGACAUUAGAGAAGGUACAAUCUUGACAGGGGCAAACAGAAUGAGUGAACAAUUAUAGAUAUGGGAUUUGGGCACUUAGAAACUGAUAGAGAAUAUUAAGUGGGAUGAGAAGGUAGAUUCAGCUGGGGCAUUUAUAUAUGGGUCUUAAUUUGGAAAAGGAAAGGGAUAUUGCGUUGGAGGAGUUGCUCAUGGAACAAACGAAUUCAAGAUGUUUGAUAGAAUAAAGGGAUCUUACAAGGAAGCUAUGCAAUUGGGCGGAUUUAAUAAAGGUUCUUGUUUGUUGUUAUUGAAUUUAGGGUUAUACACUAUGGAUUUCGCAAAUACAUCUAACAAAUGUGUUAUUGGAGGAGGGGAUGGAAUAUGCUUAAUGUUGGCCAUUGUUCCUAAUAAAGACCAAUGAUGAG